AUGCAUCGUGAUUGGAUUCUACUCAACCAAGACGCGCAUACCUACCUCGACAAGGCUGAUGUGGGUGGGACGAUAGGCCUUGAAACGACUUUCUUUCAACUCCGAAUGCCUGACUUAAGAUGACCGGCGUUCGAGUUGGCCAUGGAUUCAGAUUGGGACGAGGUCUGCCGCGUACCUCUCCCUCCUCCAGGCAUUCGAGGCCAUCCGACACCUGUAUCGACCUUGUCCUUUGAUACCAGCCAGGAGCUCUUGUGGGCUGGCAACGAGUAUGGCCGGGUCUCUUCAUUCUAUGGCGCUGAGCUGCAGCAAUACACCAGCUUCAAGGCGCAUAAACAAGGAGAUGGAAAGGUACACCAGCUUCUCUUCAACGACAAGGGUGUCAUUGCCCUCGGGUCACGCAGUGUACAUAUGGCCAUGAGAAGAGGCCCCCCUCUCUGGCAUAUAAAACAUGAGGACAUGAAAGAGUUACGAUGUAUGGCUUUUACUUCACGAGGAACGGCCGAGAUCCUGGUGGCUGGCGAACAAGACAAGAUGUUCGUUAUCGACGUCAACAAGGGAGAAGUGGUCAAAAUAUUACCUACCGAACAUCACUACAAGAUCAUGAGGAGGAGCCGCCAUAUUUGCGCGGCAACGACUGGGUCCGCUGUCCAUAUUCUAGACUCUGUCACCUUCAAAGUUAGCAAAGUCUGGACCGCCCACGCCGCAGCUAUACACGACAUGGACGCUCAGCACGACUUUAUCGUAGCCUGCGGCGUUACUCCCCGUCAACAAGGAUACAGCAUGUUUAGUACUCUGGUCCACGUCUUCGACCUCAAGAACAUGGUAUCUAUGAACCCAGUUCCAUUCCCAGCUGGUGCUGCGUAUGUGCGGAUGCACCCUCGCAUGUCUACAACGAGCAUCGUGGUUAGCCAGAAUGGUCAAAUACAUGUAGUGGACCUAAUGAACCCGAAUACUAGCAACGUCCGGCAAGCAAAUAGCUUCACUUUCACGACCAUAGAUAUAGCACCCUCUGGCGAAGCUGUGGCUUUGGCAGACGGCGAGUUCAACAUACACCUGUGGGGUUCUGUGAGCAAAAUUCACUUUGCCGAGUUGGCAAACCCGGUAGAGUUUGCUCAGUCGGGAGGCCCUAUGCCGUCUCUAGACUGGAACGAUAAUACGCCCUUGAGCUCAGUUGGCAUGCCGUACUAUAGAGAGGUACUGCUGUCAGCGUGGCCACGAGAUUCCGUCUACGAGGUUGGCGCCCCCCCUACGAAAGAAGACACCCAAUUCCUGGCGACGCUUCAGCGUAGGGACUGGGGCUUGUUCGGAAAGAACACGAGAGGGGUGCAGAGGAACCAAAUAGAGGACACCCGAAGUCUCGACAAAGAGCAAUCCUUACUCAAAGCGCCCAAGUUCCUGAGCGAGAAGGCGAGAUCGAUUGCGCAUACACCGGCGGGUACGCCAGCGCCCGAAGAAGUCGUCCCUGAGAUGUCGCAGGCCCUUGUCACCAAAGAACUUGAAAGCCACAAGGUUGACGUCCCUGAAUCAUACGGGAACAUUGAGAUCAUGUUCAGUAAAUACGGCAUUGACGAUUUUGACUUCGGGUUCUACAACCCGACACAGUAUGCAGGCUUGCAAAACCACAUUGUCAAUUGUUAUGCAAACGCUUUGCUGCAAGUAAUGCAUUUUACACCCCUAAUUCGGAAUAUUGCCCUGCAGCAUGCUGCGACGGAUUGUUCCGAUGAGCUGUGCUUGCUUUGCGAGCUUGGUUUCCUCUUCGAUAUGCUUCACAAAGCCGAGGGAGCCCCUUGUCAUGCGUCAAAUCUGCUGAAAAUUGUCAGCUACCACCCCCAAGCUACUAACAUGGGGUUACUAGAGGACAUGCCUCAUACUGCACCGCGGACUGCCAUGCUUCAGAACAUUUCCCGGUUCAUAUUAGAUAAGAUUGCCGUCGACUAUAAGCGGAUGGACUCGCGGUCGUCAGCAAUGGAGGACCUUCUUGAGACUUCUGCGACUAGUUCCAUUAAAUGCAACAACUGUGCGAGCGAGACAUCCAGAGCAGGCUCCAGCUUUGUACAUGAGCUCAUGUAUACGACGAGCAAAUCUAGUCACAGAAACUCCAAGGGGCCCAAGACCACAUUCUCCCAAGUUCUGAAGAAGAGCGUUGAACGGGAUAUGAAUAGCAAGGGCUGGUGCCAGACCUGCCACAAGUACCAGACUCUGGGUACCAAGAAGAAUAUCCAGAAGAUCCCCGCGGUGUUAACGCUGCUCGCCGCGGUUCAAAACGAUGAUCAUCGUAGAAUAUGGGCGACGCCUGGUUGGUUGCCGGAAGAAAUUGGCGUGAUUGUUAACAACGGCCAAUUCUUCUGCUAUGAAGGCGAUGAGCUGAAAUACCAACUGCAACGCGGAUAUUACGAGAUUGCGGUAUAUUCCCUGACUGGUGUCGCUGUCAACAUUGAAACCGGCCACUCUGCUUCUAAGGGAAGCCAUCUUGUAGCCAUGGCAAAUGUCGCGCACUCAGCGCCUGAGGCUCCAGGAAGAAGUCAAUGGUACCUGUUCAAUGAUUUCCAUGUCAAGCCACUCGCGACUGAAGAGGCUUUGGCGUUCAACACAUCGUGGAAAACGCCGUCGGUCAUCAUAUACCAGCGAAAAGAGGCCAACAACGACGUGGAUACGAGUUGGCAACAGAACAUUGACACCACUCUGCUUUACAAUGAUUGGAGGCCUGCGUUGGCCGACAAGACAUAUCGUACCCUAAAUGCAGAGACGGAGAAAGUAGGCCCCAACACCAUCAUCGCCAUCGAUACCGAAUUCGUAUCAAUCUCAAAACCGGAAGUCGAGAUAAGUUCCGACGGGGAUCCGAGAACGAUAAGGCCAACCGUGCAUGCUCUUGCGAGGACCUCGGUCCUACGUGGUAGCGGAAUAGAUGAAGGGGUCCCUUUUAUCGACGACUACGUGCAUAUCCGGGAGAACGUUGUCGACUACCUUACAGCUUUCUCAGGCAUCACGCCAGAGGAUCUUGAUCCUAAUCGGACAAGACAUAACCUCGUGCCUCUCAAAGUGGCGUACAAGAAAAUGUGGAUUCUGCUGAACCUUGGCUGCAAGUUCCUCGGUCACGGCCUGAAACAGGACUUUCGUGUAAUAAACAUGCACGUUCCGCGCUCGCAGAUCAUCGACACCAGCGACAAGUUCUUCCUGCCCGAACGGCGCCGCAAGUUCAGCUUGCAGUUCUUGGCCUGGUGUCUAUUGAAGGAGGACAUCCAGCAGGAUACGCACGACUCCAUCGAGGAUUCUAGGACCGCGCUUCGGCUCUACAGGAAAUACGAGGAGUUUGUGGACGCGGGCAUUCUCGAGGCCAUGUUGCAGGACAUCUGGAUGAGGGGUACAGCCAUGAACUUCAAGCCUCCUGCGAAGCAAGGCUCGACUUUGCCCCGGACCGACACGCCGCCCGUUGCCGAUGGCGCCGGGCCUAGCACGCCUGUCAAGAGGGGCACACCUGCGAUUAGUGGAUUGGGUUCUAGUCCCGGCUGGACGCCGAGUAGGGGAUCGAACUUGGGUUGGCGAUAGGCGGCUUUGGUCGAAGGCAGUGUCCCCAUAAAGGCAGAUGGUUGAGUAUAUGGACAGGGGGCGGAUAUGGUCGAUAUCCUCGUGAUCAAUUUUUUUUGUCGUCCAAUUGGAAACAGCGAAUCAUGUGUAUAGACACAGCAAUUACAGCGCAUAGAGUGAGAGACUUAGGCUCUUGGAGUAGUCUGGUGGUACUAUCUACGACAGACAAGUCAUACCUACUUUUAUACAUUGGAGA